AUGUAUGAUGUUGAUGGGGAAAAUAACAACAAUGAUGAUGAUAGCAAUCAAGAAGAUGAGAUUGAUGGAAUUGAUCCAUCUAUUGCAGCGAGAAGGGUUAUUAAGUUCAUUUAUGUGAAGACACCCCACACUGGAGUCGAGCUAUUCAACAAUAUUCUCAAUUGCAUCCAAGAUGGGUGUAUUGAAGAUAAACUAUUUAGGGUCACACUUGAUGAUGCUGUAACAAAUGGUACAAUGAUCGACUUGUUGAAGCGGAAUCAUGUGGACAAGAAGGUUGCUGAUUUGCAGCAAAGGAAGUGCAGUGUUAUCUUUGAUAUAUCAUGUAGUCUUGCAAGGAUCCUGGAAUUCUGUACCCGAGAGAUUCCUUGUGCAUUCCUCACGGGACCAGAUAUGAAUUUGCCAAGAUUGACUGAAUUGAUUGUCUUUAUUCUGAACCACAUCAUAUCAGCAGCUGAUGCUGAGUUCUUUGACAUGACUCUAAGACGGCCAGGGCAGCAUAAAGAGAAAACGAACCGUACUAUGAUCUUGGCUCCUCUUGUCGGUAUUAUUCUCAAUCUAAUGGAAUGCAGCAGCACAUCAGAACAUAGGGAGCUAAAUGAUGUGAUUGCCGUGUUCGCAAGCAUGGAUUGCCCUGCCACAAUCCAUUUUGGGUUGCAGUACCUACUGAGCUACAACUGGAGCAAUGUUCAUCGAGGGGACUCCUCCCUUGCGAAGCUAGCACAGCUUGAAGAGUUCUCCCAUUACUUUCGACGCAUUACGUCGUCUGUGGACAGUGAAGAGGAGCAUAGUCUCAGCACAGGUGACGAGGAAGAAGAUGACAGCUGCUGCAUUUGCUACAACUGUGAUUCAGAUGCAACUUUCCAGCCAUGCCACCACAGGUCCUGCUUUGGUUGCAUAAGCAGGCAUCUCCUGAACAGCCAAAGAUGUUUCUUUUGCAAUGCAGUAGUAACUUCAGUUACCAGGAUAGGUGAUUCGUGAGCGACACAC